AUGGAGUUGCACGCCAACAUGCUGGAGUGCGUCGCCGGCAGUGCGCUCUCUUUCUUCGACGCUACGCCGAGAGGCCGCAUCUUCAAUCGUUUUUCCGUGGAUCUGGAAAUGAACGACACUCGCGUAUUUGUGUUCUCCAAGCUGCUUAUGCAGAACAUCCUCUUUGUGUUCGCGCGUCUCGCUGUAAUCGGAACCCAGGCGCCCUUAGUGUUUGGCCUUACCGUUGGUGCUGAAGUCAUCCUAUUGUUUUGCAUGCGUUACCUGAUACGUGGCACGAUGUUUGGACGCCUCUACGAAAGCACCCGGUUGUCUCGAGUGCUCCAGCACCUGACUGAGACACUCGAUUGCGUAGGUCUGAUACGUUGCUAUGGAGUCAUGGAACAGUUCUGCGCUCGGUUCCGACGCAUGGUGACGGUGUACCUGGAGUCGUUCAACACGUUCGUUUACUGCUUCGCCAUGGGCCGCCUCAUCAGUACCAUAUGCGCCCUACUAAUCAUAGUACUAACCGUAGCUAUCAUCGUGGUACCAGCCCAUGACGACCCUGGCUCCGCUGCAAUGGCUGGACUAUCUCUUCUUUCGGCAUUUACGGUUCCAUUUGCCACAGUGGUGGUUUUCCUUGGCGGAUUUUGGAACGCCCUGGGUGAGGCGGCUUUCCAGAGAGCACUGGAAUAUACCGAGUUGCCUUUGGAGAAGGAUGUUCUUUCAAGACGAAAGGAUUCCGUCGGUCACACAAAGCAAGAAAAUCCUCGGAUUUUCGUUCAACCCUACGAUGACAUGUGGCCCAGUAAAGGGGUCGUGAGCUUCGAAAACUUCAGCGCGUCAUAUCGUCCAGGAAUCGCCGACGACACGCUCAAAGAUAUCUCCUUUGUAGCAGAGGCGGGACAGAAGUUGGCUGUGGUGGGGAGGACUGGGGCCGGAAAGUCGUCGCUGGUCCUAGCACUUCUGCGCAUGAUUCAGCGAACGUCGGGAGUGAUCACCAUUGACGGAAUCGAUAACACAGUUCCUCUGAAACGCCUUCGUACUGCAAUCAGCGUCAUCCCGCAGGACUACUCUAUGUUUACUGGGACGUUACGGGAAAACUUGGAUCCACAAGGCACCCAUUCAGACGAGGUUCUCUGGAGAGUUCUUCGAAGCGUCCACCUAAGCGACUUCGUCGAAAAGACGCCUGAGGGACUGUCCUUCUGCGUGUCUCAAAAAGGAGAAAACCUCAGUGCCGGUCAGCGACAACUGGUGGCGCUCGCUCGUGCCCUCCUGCGAGCCACGAGAAUUCUGGUGCUGGACGAAGCCACCUCCCAGAUGGACUCGGACACAGAGCGCAAGGUACAGGCGAGUUUGAAGGAGAGCUUCUCGCACUGCACCGUCAUCACGAUAGCGCAUCGCAUCGACACCAUACUGGAUUACGACAGGGUCGUCGUCAUGGGGGACGGUCGAGUACUGGAGACUGGUGGUGUACGAAAUCUCUUGUCCAACCCAUGCUCUAUUUUUCGUAGUAUUGCCAUCAGCGCUGGAAUCGAUGUAGAUAAAAGAAUAUCAAAUAUAUUACCAAAAUAA